CUGUUUCUGUGCAAUUUCCAGUUGUGUUUUGUGCUUAAAACCAUGGAUUCGGAUGCUCCCGUGUUGGCUCCUGAUCACAAGAAGGGGGAUAAUGCUCCAUGGAUUGAGAAGUACCGGCCGCAAAAAUUCCAUGAGAUUGUGGGCAACGAAGCAACUGUUAGUCGCCUGGAGGUGUUUGCAAAAAAUGGAAACAUGCCUAAUAUCAUUCUUGCUGGUCCACCGGGAGUUGGUAAGACCACCACGAUCUUGUGCCUCGCCAGACACCUGUUGGGGCCGAGUUUCAAAGAAGCUGUCUUAGAACUGAACGCGUCCAACGAUCGAGGCAUUGACGUCGUCAGGACCAAGAUUAAAAUGUUUGCCCAGCAAAAGGUUUCUUUGCCUAAGAAUCGCCACAAGAUCAUCAUUCUUGACGAAGCUGACAGCAUGACAGAAGGUGCUCAGCAAGCGUUGAGGAGAACCAUGGAGGUCUACAGCAAAACCACGCGAUUCGCUUUGGCCUGCAACACCAGUGAGAAAAUCAUAGAGCCUAUUCAGUCUCGUUGCGCAGUCAUCAGGUACUUCAAGCUGUCUGACGCUCAGUUGCUCUCGAAAAUCCUCGACGUUUGCGAACACGAGAAGGUUAGCUACACGAAUGACGGGAUGGAGGCCAUCAUUUUCACUGCUCAGGGAGAUAUGAGACAAGCCCUGAACAACCUGCAGUCCACUUUCCACGGGUUUGGGCACGUGAAUGCCGAGAAUGUCUUCAAAAUAUGCGACGAACCGCAUCCGAAAUUGGUCCGUGAUAUGCUCAAAAGCUGCGUUGACGGAGAUAUCGACGCAGCGUACAAGGUGAUGAAUGGCCUGUGGAAGAUGGGAUACGCACCGGAAGACAUAAUAUCCAACGUUUUCCGUGUGUGUAAGACUGCGGAGAUGCCGGAAAUGCUCAAGCUGGAUUUCAUCAAGGAAAUCAGCGUGACUCAGCUACGGAUUGUGAAAGGCGUCCAGUCCUUGUUGCAGUUGUCGGCACUUCUGGCCAGGCUGUGCCAGAUAAGUUCUACCUGAAAAGAAAUGAAUCAAAUGAAUUUUCACGUUUUUAAAAUGGCUCCGUUUUUUCGAAAUAAAAAUGAAUCUGCUUCUCAUGA